AAUAAUUUUGUUGCGCGUGAUAAUCUUAUCGUUUCGUAGAAUUUGCGAUAAAGAGUGAGUCGUUGAUAUUGUAAUGUGUUUUAUACUGAAAGUUGUGUGAGACGCGAAUCCCUUGUUCUCUUUUGUUUUGUUGCCAAUAAAAUCUACAAAAUGUCCGGUUCAGGGCCACCACCGCCGUACUUCGGGCAGCAGCCACCAAACCCAGGUCAACCAGGGUACACGUACGUGCCGACGCCUGUAUACAUACCAGCUUACCCCCACCCCCCGCCCCCGCAGCCCUAUCAUCCCCCACCAAACUCUACAUACGUCACUAAUGUGUACCAACACCCACCAGUGGUAGCGGAACCUAUCGUCCAGCUUCGUGAAGCUGACAUAGACUGGAUUCCUGCAUCAGCGGCGACUGCUAAAUCUUUAGAAUACAAAGCGUUCGUUGGGGGCAGGGAAGGUUGGGACGGCAGCCCACUGUGGGUCAUCCGGGCUCGUCACAACGAUGAGUACGUGCCCGGAAAGCUGGCCAUAAAACAUCGAAGCGCUUACAUCCCGUACGGUGGGCAAGAAGUGACUGUCAUGAAUUUCGAGGUGCUGUGUGCGAAUCCCGGUGUAUUGAGGUGGUUGCCGUCCAGCAACGGUCAGGUUCCUGUAGGAGCAAUUCCAGCUGGUAAUACUGUCAGCGGGGAACCAUUGUACGUAGCCAGGGUACCACAUCGAGGUUCUAUUACACCGGGAAAGGUCCACCCUAGCCAUGGCUGUUGCUACAUUUCGUUUGGAGGAGUGGAAAUGCCUUUCAAAAAUUAUGAAGUUCUUUGCAAGAUUGUCGGAUAAAGUGGCCAGUUCUCGAAACUUUCUGCUCUACAGAUGUGAUAUUUUUGAGAUAUUACACGUUAUUAAGUCAAUGUAAUAUUAUUAACAUUAAAUGAUUCUUUUUAUAAAAAUA